AUGUUUGGUCCUACUACGGGCGAUUUGGUACGCUUAGGUGAUACCGAGCUAUGGAUUAAGGUUGAGAAGGACUAUACUGUUUACGGUGACGAAUGUAAAUUUGGUGGUGGGAAAUCGCUGAGAGAGGGAAUGGGCCAGGCAAGUGGCAGAUCCGAUGCUGAGACUUUGGACUUGGUCAUUACCAAUGCGCUUGUUGUGGACUAUACUGGUAUUUAUAAGGCAGACGUUGGUGUCAAAGGUGGUUUUAUCGCUGGUAUCGGGAAGGCAGGAAAUCCAGACAUGAUGGAAGGAGUUCAUGAAGGGAUGGUUAUAGGCUCUAACACUGAUGUUAUCGCCGGGGAGGGGAAAAUUCUUACUUAUGGUGGUUUCGAUUCUCACAUUCAUUUAAUCUGUCCCCAGCAAGCCGAGGAGGCAUUGGCAUCGGGUAUUACUACGAUGCUUGGUGGCGGUUGUGGUCCAACCACUGGAACAAAUGCAACAACAUGCACCCCAUCAAUGACUCAGAUUCGUCAAAUGCUCCAGGCAGAUUCUUAUCCGGAGGGGCUAGUCGAACAAUGCCGUGCAGGUGUUGUUGGCCUCAAGCUUCAUGAAGACUGGGGAACCACUCCGGCCGCAAUAGAUAAAUGUCUAUCAGUCUGUGAUGAAUAUGACAUCCAGUGCCUCAUCCACACAGAUACACUCAAUGAAUCUGGCUUUGUAGAGCAGACUAUUGGCGCUUUCAAGGACCGUACAAUUCAUACUUACCAUACCGAGGGAGCAGGUGGUGGUCACGCACCAGAUAUAAUAUGCGUUGUGGAACACCCCAACGUUCUCCCCUCCUCGACCAACCCUACUCGCCCUCUCACUAGGAAUACAGUUGCGGAGCAUCUCGACAUGCUAACUGUUUGCCAUCAUUUGUCAAAGGAGAUUCCUGAGGACGUUGCCUUUGCAGAAUCUCGUAUUCGCGAAGAGACUAUUGCUGCCGAGGAUAUACUCCACGACAUGGGAGCUAUCUCCAUGAUGUCUUCGGAUUCACAAGCUAUGGGCCGCUGUGGCGAGGUGAUUCUCCGGACCUGGAAGACUGCAUCAAAAAAUAAAGAGCAGAUAGGUCCGUUAGAGGAAGACAGUGAACUCGGCGCAGACAAUACCCGUGUGAAACGCUAUAUAUCAAAAUACACCAUCAACCCUGCCGUCGCGCACGGGAUGUCACAUCUUGUCGGCUCCGUUGAACUAGGCAAACUCGCCGAUUUAGUCCUUUGGUCUCCGGCCAACUUCGGCGCAAAACCUACCCAGGUUUUGAAAUCUGGCCUCAUUGCAUAUGCACAAAUGGGUGAUCCAAACGCUUCUAUUCCAUGCGUCCAGCCAGUCCUGGGAAGACAAAUGUUCGCGGCAAGAGUGCCCGAGGCGUGCAUUACGUUCGUCUCCCGUGUUUCCCUAGAAACCGGAACUGUCCAAACCUAUGGCUUGAAGAAGCGUGUGGAGCCCAUCCUGGGAUGCCGUGGGAUUAGCAAGAAGGAUAUGAAGUAUAACGACGCGAUGCCGAAGAUGAAGGUCGACCCAGAGAACUUUACUGUUGUUGCCGAUGGCGUGACAUUGAAGAGUGCUGUUUCCGACAAGUUGCCAUUGACUCAGGGAUACUUCAUGUUUUAG